AUGUCUAAUGUGCAAAGGUACUUUGCUACAGUGAAGCUAUUAUAUACCAUUGGAUAUGGAGUGUCUCUGGUCUCCUUGAUCGCUGCUAUGCUGGUUUUCUGCACCUUCAGGAACCUGCUGUGCACACGGACCUACAUUCAUUUCAACCUGCGUGGGGUGGCAGUGUUUGUGAAGGAUGUGGUGCUGUUUGCCGAUGAGAGCACCAACCACUGCACUGUGUCUACUUACUGUGUCCUGGCUAACUUCUUCUGGCUGCUGGUGGAGGGGCUCUACCUGCAGACCCUGCUGGCUUUCACUUUUACCCAGGACAAGAGAUUCUUCUGGUGGUACACCCUCAUUGGCUGGGGGUCUCCCUCUGUAACCAUUGUCAUCUGGGCAGUGUUCAGGGUAGAAUUCCAUGACAACCAAGGGUGUUGGGAUGACCUAGAAAGCGCCCUCUGGUGGAUCAUUAAAGCACCCAUCCUGUUCUCUGUCUUCAUAAGAUCUGUGAACUUUGUAGUGUUUGUGAACAUCAUCAGGAUCAUUGUUCAGAAGAUGAAGAUGCCAGUUGUAGAGGGAAGAGGCUUGCAAAAAUCCACUUUGCUGCUCAUCCCCCUUUUUGGGGUACACUACACAGUGUUUGCGCUCUUCCCGGAGAACGUGGGCUUGGAGCCAAGGCUCUGCCUAGAGCUGGUUCUGGGAUCCUUCCAGGGGUUUAUUGUUGCAUUUCUCUACUGCUUCUUAAAUGGGGAGGUAAGAUAUUACUUAAGAUUUUUUCAAAUGAGGAGAUGUCGGCCUACUAGCGAAAACAAUGCAUUCAAUUUGGUGACCCAGGAUUACACAGCCUAG